AUGCCCGCAUUUAUGCAAGUCCAGUGGCCGUCUUUCCUUUGCCCUCCCGACGACUACGAAAUCGGGAUGGUCAAACCAGAGCUACCGCCCAACUUGGAUGAAAUGGACUCGGAUGAGAAAGCUUUCGCGAUAACGAAGAGAGAUAAAGCUUUGCUGACAAAAUGUUACGAAGCGGCACUCGCCAAAAACCACCUUCAAUCGUACUUGGCCUUUACUCGAGUCGAUACUGCCAUCCGGCAUUUGUUUACUUUCUGUGAAACCACAUCUAAGAAUGGGAUCAUACCGCUUCGUGAUUCUCUGGUGCAGAUUUCUAGAAAUUGGAGCCAAAUGGAUCUUCCCCACAACUGUCCUUACCAAGUCUCAAAUGACGAAUUAUUAAAGCACAAGUUUGAGCUUGCUAGGUACAAGGAUUGGCACAAACUAAAGUCGUACACUCAAGAGUUGUUGCAUUCAGAUGAUGAUGGCUGGGUCCCCCCUCAACUUGACUUUGACAAGGUUAAAGCAAGGCACGCUGAACUCUUCCAACUUUACAUGCAGAAAGAAACGGAAGAAUUACCGGAAGAGGAGGCAAAGAAACUUUGGUUCUAUAUCGAUAGAGAAUAA